ACUAGAUGCCCCGAAAAGACUUCUGAGUUCUGACCCAAGAAGUAUCUUGGAUCUUCAAAUAGAUCCAGAAAUCAUUAAUACGUUUCCUAGGGUUGUGAGACCUUGAAUGCUAUCUUCUUUGUAACCACUCAACCUGCAUUCAGUCAGUCAAUUCAUCAAACACAUGUGUAUCUGACAGUUUGUGAUCUGGGACUUGUAUAACUUUGCAGGAGGAAAUGGAAGGGGAUGCGAAUCAGCGGUCAGCUGUCGCUGAAAAUCCAAAGGCCACUGCCGAUCUAAACAUAAAGAAACGAAAGGGAAUUCUUUCUCGCAUCUGGAAUGGCAUCUUCAGAAGACGAAAUGGGGAUUUUGAGAAAAAAUUGCAACACCUUUUCAAGGAAGAAGCUUCUAUUCAUGCAAGGAUGAAGAGAAGGGCUCAAAGAUGGAGAAAGAUGGCUAGGAACCUUAUUGUUUCCUCUGUUGUUCUUGAGGUUGUUGCAGUGGUUUAUGCAAUCAUGAUCACAAGAUCAUUAAAUUUGAACUGGAAAAUGAGGGCAGUACGAGUUCUCCCGAUGUUUGCCUUGCCUGCUCUGUCUUUUUUAAUCUAUUCAACACUUGUAAAUUUCACAAGGAUGUGUGACCGCAAGGACCAGAAAACACUUGAAAGGUUGCGUGCUGAAAGGCAAGCAAAAAUCGACGAGCUUAAAGAGAGCACAAACUAUUACAUAACACAGCAGCUUAUCCAGAGAUAUGAUCCAGAUCCUGCUGCCAAGGCAGCUGCUGCAAGUGUUUUGGCAUCAAAGUUGGGUGCAGAGUCGGGCUUGAAAGUAUAUGUAGGAGAUGAAUCCAACCUCAACAUGCCAACAGGGAAAAGCAAUGAUGUGGAGUUGGUGCAAUCUAGAGGGCUUCGAAAUCGGAAACAGCCUCUUGCAAAAAAUGGCAGUACAGGGAGUGGUGAAAUGCAGCAAUUAGUUGAGGAAUUGUCCCUUGAUGAUGGGAAUGACAGCCCAGACUUUUCUGGACAGAAUCAGGCAGUUUUUGUUGAACACCAUCCAAGAUCAGCAGCUAAUGAUGGGGGUUGGAUUGCUCGCAUCGCGGCCUUGCUUGUGGGUGAGGAUCCAGCACAAUGCUAUGCACUUAUAUGUGGCAACUGCCACAUGCACAAUGGACUGGCCAGGAAAGAGGAUUUCCCACACAUAACAUACUACUGCCCGCACUGUCAUGCACUGAAUGGAUCACGGCAACAAGAAGAGCAUGGUUCAGGUUCAAAUUCUGGCAAGCCAAGCUCGCCAGCUUCAGGCAGCGGUGACGUGAACAUCCAUGCCCGCGGUGCUGAAAUCACAAGCAGCAACUCAGCAGCUGUUAUGGAAACUGCUGUAAAGAGCGACGACUUGAAAGAAUCGGUUGAGUGCGCCAGCUAACUGAGGAUUUUUUGUGAAAUUGCCUAUAGAGGGACAGUUGCUUUUUCUUUCAUACACACUUGUGUGAAGCGGUGUGUUGAGAAUUGACAACCAGUAAUGGCCCUUGUUGGGUUGGGUAACAGAAUCCUAUAUAUUUUAAGUAACAACAGUGGGGUUGCAUCAAGGAUGGCAUUGGCCUCACAAAAAGAGAGAAUUGGAAAAGCAUUAAAAACGUG